AUGAAAAAAGAAUUAAUAAGAAGAUCUCUCGAAAGCUUCGUUCAAAACUUGAAUGAAUCUCAGAGUUGGAGAUUUAACGAUGCCCUCAAAAAUGAACUCACUAAUAUACUAGAAAACGGUUCCAUUUAUCUAUGCGUUGUAGAAUUAAUGAAAGAUCAGCAAAAAGCCGAAAGAACACUCUAUGAAGACCGCACUCGCAUGUUGGUUAACUUCCAAGGCGAUCCCGAACUUGAACAGAAGCUGUUAAACUGUGAUUCCAAAAUUGUUGAAGCAGUGGAUGAACUUGUGGAGAGACAACAAGCUGUUCUGCGUGGAAAGAAUGUACCUUCCUUUCGCGUAACUAAGAACACUCAUGAGAUACAGCUGCAAAUGCUAAUAAUCGAAUUCAUCCUCCAACUAGAUUGCUUUCCAUAA